CUAGUGGGCCAGCAGGGUAGGUUGCCCUGGAAAUAUUUGGCUCUUUUAUCUCCCGUGCCCGUUCCCACUUUUAAGGGGGUUCUGUCCAAUUUACCCAUUUUUUGUUUUAAAAGAGGCAUCAUCGGAAUUGCCACGCCCACCGCGGAUUUUUAUCCCCCUUCCAGAACUAUUUGUUUUGUUCCUACCAGAAGAUUAUCUCAGACAAAACGCGGAGUUGGUCGUUUUUUCCCGACCGUUUGCGUGUGUCGGAGCCUGAGGCCUACGUGUUUUAGGGGGAUUUUAUUCUGACGGGGGGGGGGAGGGUAAAAUAACCAGCCAGGAAAACGGAGGGGCUCGUCAGACUCUGGUGUCGUUCUCCGAAAGCCCCACCGCCGCCGAAGAGAGAUGUCGAGGCCUGUCAGGAAUAGGAAGGUCAUUGACUACUCCCAGUUUGAAGACUCUGAUGAUGAAGCCUAUGGAAGAGAUUCGCCCCCUCCGGCUAAAAGAGCACGAGCAUCCCCCAGGGAAGGAAAAAACAAAAGAAAGUCUGCAAAAAAUGCACGGGAUGAAAGCGAGGAAUCAGACGACAAGCUUUAUGAGAAGGACCUGAAGGCUGCCAUUGCAUUGUCCAAGAAGGAGACAUCCCAUUCACCUGAUGAGGACAUGGGGAGUGAGGAGGAUUUGGACCACGGUGACAGUGAUUAUGAAGCUUCAACAAAAAAAGGCAAAAAAGGAAAAAAAGUUAAAGGGGAUAAGAAAGAGAAAAGGACACCCAAAAAGCCCAGGAAAUCGGCUGAAGCAGGGGAUGAUGAGAGUGAAGAUGAAAAAGGUCACAAAGAUGGUCGUCAGAAAAGGCAAGCUGCAUCCAAAGCUGCAAGCAAACAGAGAGAAAUCCUUUUGGAUGAUGGAGGAAGUGAAGAAGAGCAUGAAGAUGAUGAAGAGGCUGCUCAAGAAAAAGGGGAUUCUGGAAGUGAUGCAGACUUCUACGUGGAGGAGGAUGAUGAUAGUGACUAUGAGAGUUCUUUGAAGAAAAGCAAAAAGGGAAGGAAAACUAAAACAGUGCCUGAGAAAAAGGAAAAGAAGACACCUAAACCCAGGCUCAGUGCUACAGUCACCCCUGCAACUCCCAGUCCGGUAAAAGGUAAAGGAAAGGGUCGGGUUGCUACCACAAAGGCAUCACCACCUUCUAAGGGGCAACCACCAGAAAGUCCUGCUAAAGAAUCAAAGAAAGAGAAGAGUCCUCCACCAGAAACAAAUGAAGAGGAGGAGCCAGAAGAUGAGGAAGAGGAGGAGGAGGAGGAAGAAGAGGAGGAGGAAGAGGAGGAAGUUAAUUCUGGGGAUGACUGAACAAUACAAGGGAAUAUUUUUUAUAUAAGUAGAGUUAGAAUAAAUUUCACUGACAGCUUGGUUCACAAGGUUUAGACAGAGGACUUGAGUGGGUGUGUGCGUGUAUUUUUUUUAUGCUGUGUCCCAUUUUGUAUCUUGCGGUCAUUAACAAAAUCAAAUCAUUUUUAAUUUGGCAUGCUAUUUUAUAGGAGUUGCUUUGAUCUUUUCAAAAUAAGAAUCUUCGAAGUUAGCCAAAAUUAUUAGUACUUUUGGCAGAACUUUCAUUUUGUAAUAAGAAUUUCAUGUCAGGUAAUAGAAAGUCUUGCCAAGCUACAGAAGUAUAUUAGCACAGCAGAUGUACUUACAUUAUGUUCAGGCAAACCUCUCGGCCUGUUUGAUCCAGGAAGUUAACGUUCCUUCCCAAUGAAUUGUGUACAGAAUAGAAGAACAAAAUGCAUGAAUGUGAAAGUAUAAUUUAUAGAACAUGAAAUUCAUUCAAAUUAGCAACAAAAAUUAUUUUAAUUUUCUUCCCGGUGAAUGAAUCUAUGAAUGAAUCAUUCCUGUGGAUUUCUUUGAAAGAUUGAUAGCAAAGGACAAGAUCAAAGACUCCUGUAAAUAUAUAACUCUCUCAACCUUGUAAAAUUUCAAUGCUGUAAAUACACAUAGCAAAAUGAGCGACGUUUAAGAUGCAGCUUCAUUAAAAGCAGUGUAGAUUUUGCUUAAUGCUGACUGAUUGGUCUCUCUUUCAGUAUAUAUCUGAUGAAUUUUCUAAAAUUCGUCUCAAACACUUUAAACUUUUGUACCCAGUUCUUACCUCAUGAUUUGUAUAAAAUGAAAAUUAUCCUCUUAAAUUGGACGUAUGAACCCAUGUUGCACAACUAAAUAUGCAAAUUAUUCCAGUGGUGAUGAAUAAAUAAUCACCAGUCGACUGCUAUAAUCCUAUUUGAAAAUUGUAGGUUAUAUUUCAAAAUGUCCUUUUUUUUUUCUCCGAAGUUUAAUUUGGUCUAAACUUCUGCUUUUAAAACUUACAGGGGAUCGAAAUGGCCAGUGUCCUGCAGUUCAUAUCUAACCAGUUAACAAAAAGGAACUGCUCUGUUAUAAAAUUGUUGUAUUUUAAAAUGUGGCCAUGCUGUUCAAAGUAAAUGAACAAAAUGUGUGAUGUAAUAAUCUGUUAACCUAUCACACAGUUUUCAUUGCUAGUUUUAUUUUAAACACUUAUAUUUAAUCUUAAAAAACAAAACUAUGGGAUAAAAGCAGUUCUGCGCCACCAAAAAUCGCUGAGUCAUCAGGUCUGAUCUUGUGAACUGAAUUGUUUUUUUUUUGCAGAUUAAAACGUUUAAAAAUGAAUGUGACUGAAUCCUGAAAAACUACGCGUUUGUUGUCUUUAUCAGCAUUUUGUCAAAGCAGCCAUAUCUUUGUAAGUUACAGAUUAAAAAAAAACUUGUACAGCCAAUUCUUAAUGUUGAGAUCCAAUUCAAGUGGGCUUUCAAUUUCUUUUGUUUUUAUUUUCGCUACAGAACAUUAAAUGUCUGCUGAUGUAAAUUGGUUUCGAUGCUCAGUUAUUUUGGAGGGGGGGAAUUAAAGGAUGACAAGGAAUAGCAUUUUUAAUGUAACGUUGAGAGUAGUACACUUGUGAGUUCUGGAGUAGCUUAAAAAUCUUGGCUUUUUGAGUUAUAUUAAAACGCCAGAGUUUUGUUUUUAAGAUUUUAUACCUCUGGGAAAUUGCAACUGAUGGUGUUUUCUGCUUCAUAGUUCAUUGAAAAUACUGUCUUCCCACAUGUCCCAAUCACAUUCCAUUUUUCCAGUUCAGAUUUUUUUUUACAAUAAGGGACAUUUCCUGUAACGGGCUAUGGGAAAGCAGCAGUUUUGAUCAUCUGACCCACUUCUCUUAAAACAAAGACACAUUCUACUCCAGUAUAUCUUGCAAUAUUUCAUUGGCUCAGUUUCUUCUUAAGUUUUUAAGAUGUGCAUUGUGUUUGGGCAAGGACAGAAUUGUAUCAUUAAUAAAUUGAACACAUCUGUACUCUUAAGGUAUUGGUGAUGUGUUACUUGCAGAAGAGUGCAGGUUAUUAAAAUAGCCUGGCUGAAAUUUAUUAUUAUAUUGCCCAAAAUAUUGAAGAAUGUGAUUUUGAGCUUUUCCUGGAGUACUAUAAUAUUUUCAACUGCCAGUAGCACUUGACUAGUAGUAGCCCAUGUAAAGGGCAUGUUGAGAUUCCUGUGUUGUAAAUGGAAAGUGUGUAGUUUGUAUAUCUACUUGACACUGUUUUACUUCUGUUUGAGUUGAAACCUUUAGCGUUAUAUGUGGGUAUUUCACCUUUCUUGUGAUGCCGGGUUUAUAUAAUGGUGUUGAUUCACUUAUAUGUAACAUUAUUCCUUAUAAGCAGCAACUUUCAUAAUCCUUUGGGGUAUUCUGAGAAACAUCUAGUGAUUUUUGCAUUUAUGUUAGCAGUAGAGAUUCCCGUGUUGGAAUACCUCUGCAUUUCUUUGGGGUUAAAAAAAACACCCAAAUAUAACCUUAUUAUAUUGCUGACCUUAUAUAUCUCACUUGCUUGCCCACUACUACUAAUUACAUCAGUCCCAGCAAUAUUUUUCUUGACACUAUAUUGUUUUAAAGAUUUAUUACAGAUUCAGUCUAUUAAUUAUUCAGUUUAGAAUAAAGUAGAUAUCAGAACCAUAUAAAAUAUAAGCUUUUAAAAAAUUAUGAACAUGCAAGUGCUUGGAUGAUUAACUGCUUUCUAUUUCUUGAACAGUAGGGGACAAAGAAAACAUGUUAAAGUUUAAUUGCACUUCAUUAAGCAAUAGAUUUUAGGCAUGAAGAGUACUAAGCUGUGCGCUUCGCAGAAGACUACAGUGCAGGCAAUUUUGACUGCUGUAAUUUUAAUAUUUCUAACAUUGACACUUUGAAUAGUUGUUAUACAAGAGCAGUGUUUAAUAUGUUUUCUACUUGAGCUCAUAAUUGUGUUGACAUUGAGUAGUCUGCUAGGCAUUAAUGUGUGCAACAUAACUACAGGAUGUAGGAAGAAACUUCUAGGGAUGGAGAAUUUGGGAGCAAGUAAUUAUCUGUCCCUUAUUAUUCUUUUGUCUCAUUUGCAUUUCAAUGAAUCAAUAGCUAAUCUGUUUCCAUCGGCUGAUUUUACAUUUUCAGACCAGUGUUUGGUUCAUUUACUCCUUUCUGUGCAGCACUUAUAUUAAGUGCACACAAUUUUUAAAAAAUCACCUGUUUUGUGUGGAAAAAGGCAAAAGUAAACAUUUUUAACCAGAAAGGGUAAAACAAUUUUGCAUUUAGAAAAUGUUUACAAAACUGGUUAGAGAUGCUUGCAGUGGUCAGAGCAAGAAUUUCCUUGCAAGGGAGGUAACUUGCUUUCUGACAUAGUUGAGUUGUGAUCCCUAAUUGGCUUUACCCUAAACUGACUGGGGAUGAUGUUCGAAACCUGAUAUUAAAUCAUUUUUAAAGAGGAAAAGUGCUUUGGGCAAAAUAAUUCCUUGAAGUGGAAUUUUAGAACUCUUUGGCAGGAACAUUUGCAAUUCUGUCACACUAUGUAGGGUAAGACAUUGGCAUAAAAAUAUUGGCAGUAUACUAUGGUUCAGAUACCUGUUGCUGAAAACUUCAUUUCUGAGAUUAUAUUUUCACAUUGUGCUUGAAUGUAUUUUGCCUUCAUAAAGUAGUGGUUUUAUUCAGUUCUCACAAAAUGUGGAAUUCAUGUAAAGUCUAGUGGCUUUUGGGUUUGUGACCAAAAUCUGGCUCCUUUCUUGAAAUACAAACAAUACUGGGUCUACUUUCACAAUGACAGAUUAGUAUUCUAUUUGUUUUUGGUUCUAGGAAUGAUUGAAACAUUUUGUAGUGCUACUAUCAAUCAGUUGGCAGCUGGAUUAUGUAGUUGAGGCAAAGAACAAAGUAUCACUGUAACUCUUUUAAUGAGGUCUGAUUGUGUUUCUCUGAAACAAAUAAAUAGAUGAAUUAUAGAUAACAAUUGAAAACUGAGAACUUCGACAAAAUCUUGAGAAACUCAGUCGUACAGAUGAUUGUCUCCUUUGAAAAAGCUUGCACAAAUUAUAGACUCAAAGAACUGUACUUUACUUGUACUCUACAUGUACUUUAGUAGAUAUUUCCUGCUUCAGACUGUUGCAGAAUGUGAGAGUUCCUAUGCUGCCGGAGUUCCUAACCUUUUUUUUAUGUCAUGGACCAAACUGUGGACUCCAGUUUGGGAGCCCCUACUUAUGAUGAGAAUCCUAUGAUAGUGCUACUUUGGAAACAUUUUGUGUGUUGAACUGGUUAUUUGCAAACAACAGUUGUUAUAAAUGCACCCGGAAGGCUUUGAUUUUUUUGUAGGUAAGUAGUAUAUUAUGAACGUAGUGAUAGAGGACUACAGGAUGGGGGGAAGAGAAUGAAUAAAAUGAAUUGAUAAAAUAGUCAUCCUAAUGAGUUGCACUGCAUGCUUUCACAGUAAAGAAAUGUUCCUGCCAUUGUAAAAAUAACAUUCUGUUAACUGUAGAAGUGAAUAACAGCUUUGAUUGUUUUUAAUACACUUACAGUAUUUUUUGUAAUAAUUAAUUCUGUCAGCUUUAAAGCCUUAAAAAUACUUCGGAGGGAUGAACCAUAUGACAUUUAUCUUUCGCAUUUCCAUUUUACAUAGUGACUUCAGAAUAUGUUGGGGCAUCUCAGACUGUUUACAUAGUUGAUCCAAGCAUGGUUUUAUGUAUUGGUGUGAUUCAGUGUGCAACAUAUCCGGCACACUUGGUGGGGGAGGGGGGGAGUUGUUGAUGUAUACAUUUCGAAUGUUUUCUGUGAAAGAAUUAUUGUGAUUAGCUUUCCUGCCUUCAUUACAAAGAAAUCCUAAGCAGCCUGAUUCUCUGUAGAAUAUGGAUGCUUUAUCUAUUGAUAUGAAUGCCUCUUCUAAAGUUCUCGGGAAUGAAAAUACCUUUGCGAUUACACAUCCAGUUGCUCUCAGUUGUUCUAAAGUAGAUUUUUUUUCUAUUUGUUUUCACUCAAAGGGUCAGGUUGGUGCAGAUGCUGCAUUUUGGCACAAUUUCGUUUUUGUGUGGUGUGAGAGAGUAAUUGUAUUUUUAAGUUAGGUGAAUAGAAACCUGAAUGUAUUCAACAUAAUGUCUUUGAAGACUGGUAACUAUGGUGAUGGGGUUCAUUUUGUGUAAUCAUCCCAUUUAUAUUUGUUAAAGAUUUGCUUUAUAUAAAGAUUUUUUUUUGCCCUA